AUGGCGAGUUCAAUGCGCAUCGAGAAGAGGAAGCCCAAGAAGACGGCGGCGGCUGCACCCAAAGCCAAAGUUGGCAGCGCGGCCGCAGCGGCAGCCGCGCUCUUUGCACAUAACGGCAAGGCCAAGAAGGAGGUGGCCAACGGGAAUGGCAUAAAAGGUGGCGUCGUCGCAAGGGUACAAAGGCCAACCGCGCCGCCCAGGUAUCCGGUCAAGGCCGAGGACGUCAUGGACGACUCGAGCGACGCGGGUGAUAACAUGUACCUGGAGGACGACAUUAAGCACGGCGCCGCCACUCACGACGACCACCUGCUUGCCGAGCUAGAAGAGCGUGGCGACGCUGACAGCAUCUGCGAGGACGUGAUCGGAUCCAGCGUCGAGGACAGGUUCUUCACAGAUAUCCCCGGCUCGUGCACGCCCAUGGACGCCAUGAGGCUCCGCCGCUUGCUGCGCGAGGUCGGCCCGACUGAGUUUGUCAGCCAGACGGUCGAGUCGGGCGUGUACACAGCCAAGAAGCUGUUAACAGCAUUUAGCGUUCGUCCGCCCGAGUUUCUCGAGGGCGCCAUGGACGAGGACUACCUGCCUUUUCUGAGCCUGGCCGUGACGCGAGAGCUGCAGAAGCGCGCAAAGCUGUUCCAAUACAACACGGUCGACGACGCCGUGUCGCUGCUGAAGAGGUCCAAGAACAUCGUCGUUCUGACCGGCGCAGGCAUCUCCACGUCGCUCGGCAUCCCCGACUUCCGGUCCAAGGACAUCGGACUGUACUCGAUGCUGGGAGAUCUCGGGCUGGACGACCCGCAGCAGGUGUUUGAGCUGAGCCUGUUCCACGAGGACCCGUCCAUCUUCUACUCGGUCGCGCGCAAGGUGCUGCCCAACCAUAACCGCUGCUCGCCCACGCACGCCUUCAUCGCGCUGCUGCAGCAGAAGGGCAAGCUGCUGACCAACUACACGCAAAACAUCGAUAAUAUCGAGGAGGUUGCCGGCAUCGACCCAGAGCGCCUGGUUCAGUGCCACGGCUCGUGGUCGACGGCCACGUGCACGCGCUGCGGCCACCGCGUGCCGGGCAAGACGCUCUUCCCCACCGUCGAGGCCGGCGGCAUCCCGCGCUGCCUCAAGUGCGCCCCCAAGGGCCGGCCGGCCUCAAAGGUUCGGCGAAAGCGGCGCUCCGACGACGACGACGACGGUAGCUACGGCCGGCGCACCUCGGGCAGGCGCGGCGUCCGCGACCGCGACAGCGUUUCGGACUCGGACCCGGACACCAACGGCGGCGGCGGCGGCGGCGGCGGCGUCAUGAAGCCCGACAUUACCUUCUUCGGCGAGCAGCUGCCGCGGCGGUUCGGCGAGCGGCUCUUCGGCCACGACCGCGACCUUGUCGACCUGGUCAUCGUCAUCGGCACGUCGCUCAAGGUGAAGCCCGUGUCGGAGCUGGUGCCGGUGCUGCCCGCGCACGUGCCGCAGAUCUACAUCAGCCGCGACGCCGUCAGCCACGCCCACUUCGACAUCGACCUGCUCGGCGACUGCGACGUGGUCGUGGCCGAGCUGUGCCGCCGCGCCGGCUGGGACCUCAACCACGAGAUGGUGCCGCCCGGCGAGGAGGUCGACAUCAGCCUCGAGGAGGGCUACUGGAGCAGGCACCGCUUCCGUGCACUCAACAAGCAGAAGCCGGCCCAGAAAACGCCUGCGCCUGCACCCGCCGCGGCCGCCGCGCCGGCAGGGACCACGCGCCGGACGCGUGCGGCUGCUUGA